GUGAUUAGCCCCUGCCACUCGCGCCAAACUCAAGCUUGACUGAAAGUGUCAAACAUGUCUAAAAAGAAAGGACUUAGCUUGGAAGAGAAAAGAUCUCGUAUGAUGGAAAUAUUUUUUGAAACUAAAGAUGUGUUUCAGCUGAAAGACAUUGAAAAAAUCGCCCCCAAAUCCAAAGGAAUCACUCCCAUGUCAGUGAAAGAUGUGUUGCAGAGUCUGGUGGAUGAUAACAUGGUGGACACAGAGAGGGUGGGCACCUCCAACUAUUACUGGGCAUUCCCCAGUAAGGCCCUGCAUGCCCGUAAACGCAGAUUAGAAGAGCUGGAAAGACAGCAUGAGGAGGGGAAGCAGCGUAAAAUAGCCCUUCAGCAAGCAGUUGACAAAGCCAAAGUUGGACGUGAAAUUAACGAGGAGAGAGAGGCUCUUCAGAAGGAGCUGGUGACAUUGAAAGGUCAAAGAGACCAGAUGAAGGCUGAACUGGAAAAAUACAAAGAAUGUGAUCCAGAAGUGGUGGAGGAGAUGCGUAAGGCCAAUAUUACAGCAAAGGAGGCAGUGUCUAGGUGGACAGAUAAUGUUUUUGCAAUCAAAUCUUGGGCAAAGAAGAAGUUUAGCUUCGAGGACAGUCGUUUAGACAAAGCUUUUGGAAUACCAGAGGGUUUUGACUAUAUUAACUGACCAAAACCCAUACACUUUUGGAUCUUAAGAUUUUUUUUUUUUUACUGCUGUUCAGUAAAUUUGUUUUGUUCCCCUACAUUGGUUGAUGCACACAGAUGUGACUGUUUGCUUUACAUCUUAUCAAUUCUGCAUGUUUAGGACAAAGCAUUGACUCAUUAACAUUGUGAAGAGUUUGGUGGGCAUUCUUGGGGGUUCCCCCAUCCUUAAAAUUUUAACCCUAUCCAAGAUUGAUUUGUCAGCAUAAAAGUGUAAACAAUGGUGAAAAUGCUCCUGGUGUGUAAGUGGAGAAGGUGCUGUUAACCCUUGGCAACUCUGAGUCUUUCAGACUAUUUGGACACCUGUUGACAGAGAAACAAGUGCUGGGUUGAAGGGAUAGUUUAUCGAAAAAAUGAAAAUUCUCUCAUCAUUUACUCAGUUUCAUGCCUUCCCAGAUAUGUAUGACUUUCUUCUGCUGAACACAAAUGAAGAUUUCUAGAAGAUCUCAGCUCUGUAGGUCAUUUCAGUGUAAGUGAAUGUUGGCUAGACCUUUCAAACUCCAAAAAUCAGCAUAAUUUAUGACUCCAGUGAUUUAAUGUAUUUUGAAGUGAUGCAGUCACUUUGCGUGAGAAACAGAUUAAUAUUUAAAUACUUUUACAUUAAAUCUCCACUUUCACUUUCAGAAUGUGAAAGUGAUUCAUAUUUUUUAUAUAUAUAUAUAUAUAUAUAUCUCACCCAGACCUAUAAUAUCGCUUUUGAAGACAGAUUUAACCACUGAAGUCUCAUGGAUUACUUUUAUGCUGCCUCUAUGUGAUUUUUGGAGUUUGAAUGGUCUGGUCACCAUUCACUUGCAUUGUAUGGACCUAAAGAGCUUAAAUAUUCUUCGUUUGUGUUCAGCAGAAGAAAGUAAGUCGUACAUAUCUGGGAUGACAUAAGGGUGGGUAAAUGAUGAAUGAGAAUUUUCAUUUUUGAGUGAACUUUCCCUUUAAUGAUUUGAGGUGCACAUCAAAGGUCAAUUCAAGUUGAUAAACCAUGGGUUGAGUUUUAGAAAUGUAACCACUGCUGCUUGUGUUGAUUUUGAUGUAUGUUCCUUUAUUCUUAAAGUUUUUUGACUGUGUAAAAUGAGUUAUUCCAGAUGUACAGUCACACAUUUUUUGUUUGUGUUUAUUAAGUUUAGUGGACUCACCUUUUCACAAGACAUGUUUUCCACAUACUUUAAGAAAAAGUUGUUAAUGACUCUGUGUAAUAUGAUUUAAUAAAAGU